AUGCACUUGCUCAAAGCCAAGCUGUGGCUCUCCACGCCAUGGCUCCUUCUCGGACCAGCGCUGCUUCGACCCGUGGGCGCCCAGACGCCGUCGUCCUUGGCCGCCGCCAUGGGCAGUCUGCCCGAGUGCGCACUCCAAUGCUUCCUGAAGGCCGUCCCGCAGUCGUCGUGUGGAAUGACCAACCAGACGUGCAUCUGCGAAGACGCCGCCCUGGGCGCCGCCGUUGCAGCCUGCGUCAAGGCCGGGUGCACGAUUAAGCAAGGACUGGCCACCAUGAACAUCACGCAGACGGCCUGCCACCGACCGGUACGCGACAAGUCCGGCACGUACAAGGCCGUGAGCAACACGCUCGCCAUCAUCUCAGGGGCAUUCGUGCUCCAGCGGCUCGCCUACAAGGUGUACGCGCGGCUCGGGCUCGGCCUGGACGACUGGUUCGCCUUGAUCACCCUCCUGGUCGGCAUCCCCAGCUCCGUCAUCAACGGCCACUACCUGACGGUCAACGGCAUCGGCCGCGACAUCUGGACCCUGACGCCGGGCCAAAUCACCGACUUCAACCGCUACUUCUACCUCGACGCCAUCGUCUACCUGGCCGAGGUGUCGCUGGCCAAGCUCGCCAUCCUCUUCUUCUACAUGCGCAUCUUCCCCAGCAGGGGCGUCAAGCGCGUGCUGUGGGGGACCGUCGCCUUUGACUGCGCCUUUGGCGCGGCCUUUGUCCUCGUCGCCAUCUUCCAGUGCAACCCCGUCAGCUACUCGUGGGCCAUGUGGGACGGCGAACGCCAGGGGCGCUGCCUCAACGUCAACGCCAUCACGUGGUCCAACGCCAUGAUCAGCAUCGCCCUCGACAUCUGGAUGCUUGCCAUUCCGCUCUGGCAGCUGCGGAGCCUGAACCUGGGCUGGAAGAAGAAGGCCGGCGUCGGGGCCAUGUUUUCCGUCGGUGCCUUUGUGACCAUUGUCAGCAUACUGAGGCUAAAGUCCUUUGUUGCCUUUUCUUACAGCACCGACAACCCGACCUGGGACUUCUUCGAGGUCGGGAUGUGGUCGGAUAUCGAGAUCAACGUCAGCAUGAUUUGCGCCUGUCUGCCGACCUUCAGGCUGCUGCUGGUGCGCAUAUUCCCCAUCCUGAGGGAGACGACGCACAGGUAUCACACGUCGGAAAGGCGGACGGACCGCGGCAUGCGAAGCACGGUGUUUUCUCAGCGGGCCGAGGCCGGCAGAGCGGUCGACAAGAGCGAGAUUUGGUAUCAGAAGUCCUUUGCGGUCAAGUACCUCGAGACGGAUGAGCUGCGACUAAUGUCGAUGCGGGACCGCGACACAGCGAGCGCCCAGUCAGGGGCCAUGUCUAUAUGA